AUGAAGUCAUCGAUAUCGUUCAUUGGACUUGUGACUCUCUGUCUUCUCUCUACUGUUCAAUCGGAUAAUCAGAAUCUUCCGAAGACGGUGAUCGUGGAUAAGCAGACGAUUCUGGAGAUUGUGAAUAAUGAUCGGAGAGCGUAUGCCAAGGAGAGAGGGAUCACCAAUAUGCAUAAAUUGAUUUGGGACGAGAACCUCGCUCAGCUGGCUAGAAAUCGUGAUUCUUCUUCAGACAAGAAAACUAUGAGAGAAGCACGUAUCGAUGGAGAUGAAUAUACAGAGGAACAAGCUCAGAAGUACAGAAAUCAUUAUAAAAACGAGACUACCCUCCAGGAACUCCUGCAAGAUUAUAAGCAAUGGCAUAUGAUUGGAAUGGAGACGAUGAUUCCGAGUCAAAAGAAAAUCGGAUGUGCUCCAAAGCAUGUUGAGUCAAGCCAGGGAUUGAUAACCAAUACGCUGUGCUUUUUAGGACCAGAAGGCAACGGUGACUCGUUUACCGUCCCAAGAGGGAGCCCUGGCUCAAAAUGCUCCAAUGGCUACAAAAAUGAAGAUGGAUUGUGUGCUCUCCCUGCUGAAAACAACAAAAAAACUGAAAACACUGCGGAGGCGGCUAGAUUGAUCGGAACUACAGAGGAACCAGUGGAUAAUGGAUCUAAUCAAUAUUUUUCUUUUGGAUUUUUGGUGUUUUCUGUGAUUUUUGUGGUCUUGAGAGAAAUGUGA